GUUUACCUCGCUCGCAUUUGCCUACGUCCAUCUCUCUUUCGCCCAAUUUCGAUCCUUUCUUCAGUGCAGAUGCAGUCGGCUGCCCCUCGCGAAAUCAAUGUCCUAGCCAAUCACUCAGUCCUCAAUCUCAGCUUCGACGACGACUCGUUAUGCGUCCAGCCUAGUCCACUCGACCAUGCUCCGGAAGUGGGCUGCUGCUCUGCAUUCUUCUCCAGGAAGCCACGCAUAACACACACUCGGGUCCCAAUACGACAAGUCAUCGACGCUCACUGCUCUGAACGCACUCUGCAUUUGACCUAUGUCGACCGAAACCAUCCGAAAACGCCGAUGGAACUGCGGCACCUCACUAGCACGGUCAUUGAGGAGGAACAAUCAUCGCUCAUGAGCUGGUCUGAAGCGCUGAUGGAACUUGCAUAUGCCGGUGUACACCGUAACCGAUACCUGCGUGUCAUCAUCAAUCCCUUUGGCGGACCUGGUAAAGCUAAAUCUAUAUAUACCAAGAAAGUCGAGCCCAUACUCGCCGCUGGCGGCUGCUCCCUCGAUGUAACUUAUACCACGCACCGGUAUCAUGCUCAAGAACUCGCCCGAGACAUAAGUCUCAAGUAUGACGCAGUGAUCGUCGUCUCCGGAGAUGGCGUCGUUCACGAAGUCAUCAAUGGCCUCGCUCAACACAACAAUCCAGAGAAGGCAUUCUGUAUUCCCGUUGUACCAAUACCCGCUGGGUCGGCUAAUGCACUAUCACUGAAUAUCCUGGGCCUCAAGGACGGGCUUGACCCAUGUGCUGCCGCAUUGAACGCGCUCAAGGGCAAACAGAUGAAGCUUGACCUCUUCUCUCUGAAUAUGCACGAUGAGAAGAGAUUCGCUUUCCUGUCGCAUGCACUUGGCCUCAUGGCCGAACUGGACAGAAACACGGAGCCACUUCGUUGGAUGGGCGACAUUCGGUUCAUGCUAGGGUUCCUGUACGAAGUGGCUCGUUUGAAGACAUGUCCCAUCCAAUUGUCCAUCAAGGUCGUCGAUGAUGACAAGCAGAGGAUGGUCGACGCAGCGAACGCUAGGAAUUCUUUGACGCAGCAGUGGUCACCCGAGCCCAUUGAUGACAAGGGCGUCUCGGCCGAUGAAGGGAAAUGGGUUGAUUUUCAGAAUCCUAUCAUCUAUAUGUAUGCUGGCAAGGGUCCUUUCAUGAGUCGGACGCUUAUGCAGUUCCCUGCUUCAAUGCCGGACGACGGUCUCAUUGACAUUGUCCUACAGGAAGUGAUUCCACGCAAGUCUCUCAUUGACGCCAUAGACAUAGCGGAAGAGGGUGGGCUGUUCUGGACGAAAGAGACCCACUAUGUCAAAGCUUCGGCCUAUAGAGUCAAGGCAUUGGAACCGAGUUACUUCCUGAUGGUUGAUGGGGAGGAGGUUAUCUUUGACGAGUUUACCGUCGAAGUUCACCCACGGAUGGCCACAGUGCUCAGCCCAUAUGGGUGUUAUCCACGGGAAUUUAAGCUUCCGAAUCCUGAAGAUAAGUCUCAUUAACAAGUAGCCUGUCAACUUUUAUAUCUUUACUGUAGCC